AAACUUCACCCGCGCCCACGGGCUCCCUCCCUGCCGGCCUCACUGGCAGACCAAGUUUUCAGGCCGGAAAUGCAACGGUUUUUUGUUUUGAUUUCUAAAAAGGAAGCCCCCAACAGCUUAUCUGGGGUUGGAGUGAAUGUCAGCCAUGUCAUCUGAGCCACCUCCUCCAUCCCAGCCCCCCACCCAUCAGUCCUCGGCCGGGCUGCUGGACACCCAACAGGCCCGGGAUCGCUCACCGUCCCCGCUACGGGGCAACGUGGUGCCAAGCCCACUGCCCACUCGCCGCACCAGGACCUUCUCAGCGACGGUGCGGGCUUCCCAGGGCCCAGUCUACAAAGGAGUCUGCAAAUGCUUCUGUCGGUCCAAGGGCCACGGCUUCAUCACCCCGGCUGACGGCGGCCCUGACAUCUUCCUGCAUAUCUCCGACGUGGAGGGGGAGUACGUCCCCAUGGAAGGCGACGAGGUCACCUAUAAGAUGUGCUCCAUCCCGCCCAAGAACGAGAAGCUGCAGGCCGUGGAGGUGGUCAUCACCCACCUGGCGCCGGGCACCAAACACGAGACCUGGUCCGGCCACGUCGUCAGUUCCUAGGAGCGGCCGGAGGCACCCUGGCCCCCCCGGGCUCUGGGGAGAGCCCCCAGGGCAGGAGGAGGCAGGACCAGACGGGAGAGGACAACUGUGCCGCUUGAGAUGGGGCAUCCGAAAGGGGGGGGAGCGUGGUCCCUGUUAAGAGUCUCCUGGAGGAAGGGGUUGGAGAUGGGGGCAGGCACGGGGGUGCCCUCGGCCACCAGCACAGCCUCCGACCACCGCAACCAACAUCUCACCAUCUGAAAAACAUUAAAAGCAUUGAAAAAGGA